AGGAGGGAGGGGGGAGAGACGGGGAGCUGAAGUCAGACUGCCGCGGACAGAAUUUGGCGAAUUUCUCGAGCAUCCGUCUUUCCCUCCACGCACCCCUCUCUCCUUCCUCUAUCUGCCCCCAUCUCCCCGCCUCCAUCUCCUUCCCGUCUCUCCGUCCCCCUCACCUUCCCUCCACUCCUCUUCCCCUUCACUCCUUCCCUCCCCCGCUCCCCUCAGUCUCCUUGUCGACAGCGGUGAGAUGAGGCACCCGUGGGUGUCACUGCCGAUGCUGGGAGCAUGGGUGCUGGUGGUGAGCGGGCAGCAGACGAGCCCGACGCCGCCCCGGCAGGACAAGGUGCAGAUCCGGCUGGCGGGAUACCCCCGCAAGCACAAUGAGGGGCGGGUGGAGGUGUUCUACGAGGGCGAGUGGGGCACCAUCUGCGACGACGACUUCAAGCUGGAGAACGCCAGGGUCCUCUGCCGCAUGUUGGGCUUCAUCUCGGCCACCGGCUGGACGCACAGCGCCAAGUAUGGCAAGGGUACCGGCAGGGUCUGGCUGGAUAAUCUGGACUGCGGCGGGACGGAGAAGGACGUGAGCGAGUGCAAGUCCCUGGGGUGGGGCCAGACGGACUGCACCCAUGAGGAGGACGCCGGGGUCAUCUGCAAGGACGAAAAGAUCCUGGGAUUCGUGGACUCGAACGUGAUUGUGGUGGAGAGUGACCGGCUGGAGGAAGUACGCCUGCGGCCGGUGGUACCCGUUGGCCGGUCCCGGCUGCCGGUGACGGAGGGCGUGGUGGAGGUGAAGUUUCGGGGCCGCUGGGAGCAGGUCUGCGACAACGGCUGGACCCAGAACAAUUCCCGUGUGAUCUGCGGGAUGAUGGGCUUUCCCGGACAGCGCCGGCUGAACAGGAACUUCUACCGACGGUGGAGGAGGCGUCGGGCAAGUGGACGGUGGGGCCGGAAACCUGGGCCCAGGAUGGUGCUGAGGCAUCAGCAGUCUCACUUCCGUGUGCACUCGGUUCAGUGCGCCGGCACUGAGAACCACCUGGCGCUGUGCCCGCUGGUUCUAGCCAAGGGCAACACCAGUGCCCCCUGUGCGGGAGGUAUGCCCGCUGCUGUCAGCUGCAGCUCUGGGGCCUUCAGCACAUCUCGCCGCAGGAGAGAGCCCCAGCGGUCGGUGCGGCUGAAGGCGGGGGCGCGGGCCGGUGAGGGCCGCAUAGAGGUGCUGAUCGCCGGAGAGUGGGGCACCGUGUGUGACGACCGCUGGGACUUGCUGUCCGCCAGCGUCGUUUGUCGACAGCUCGGGUUCGGCAGUGCGCAGGAGGCGCUCACUGGCGCCCGCAUGGGCCAAGGGAUGGGUCCUAUCUACUUGAAUGAGGUGAAGUGCACCGGCUUCGAGAAGUCCAUCUGGGACUGUCCGGCCAAGAACAUCAGCCAGGACAACUGCAAACACAGCGAGGACGCAGCCGUGCGCUGUAACGUGCCGUACAUGGGCCUCGAGAAAAUGAUCCGGAUCAACGGAGGACGGACGCGUUUCGAGGGCAGGGUGGAGGUUCUGGCCGGAGUGGUGAACGGGUCCGAGCGCUGGGGUCUCCUGUGCGGCGAGGGCUGGGGGACGCUGGAGGCCAUGGUGGUGUGUCGGCAGCUGGGGCUUGGAUACGCCAGCCACGCCGUGCAAGAAACGUGGUAUUGGGACGCGGCGACGGGCGCUCAGGAGAUGGUGAUGAGUGGGGUGAAGUGUGCGGGCACCGAACUGUCCUUGGACAAGUGUAAGAGCCAUGGAGCCAAUGUCCGGUGUCCGAAGACAGCCACUCGCUACGCCGCUGGGGUCAUCUGCUCUGAGACCUCUUCGGACCUGAUCCUGAAUGCGAAGCUGGUUGAGCAGACGGCUUACAUCGAGGACCGACCUCUGCACAUGUUGUACUGCGCAGCCGAGGAGAACUGCCUCUCCAGCUCAGCCCAGAACGCCAACUGGCCCUACGGACACCGGCGCCUCCUCCGAUUCUCCUCGGAGAUCCACAACAUUGGCCGCGCCGACUUCCGCCCCAAGGCUGGCCGCCACUCCUGGGUCUGGCACGAGUGCCACGGCCACUACCAUAGUAUGGACAUCUUCACACAUUACGACAUUCUGACGCUGAAUGGCACCAAGGUGGCAGAGGGGCACAAGGCCAGCUUUUGCCUGGAGGAUUCCGACUGUGCGGACGGUGGACACAAGCGGUACGAAUGUGCAAACUUCGGGGAGCAGGGAAUCACAGUGGGCUGCUGGGACUCGUACCGACACGACAUCGACUGCCAGUGGAUCGACAUCACUGACGUGAAGCCUGGCAACUACAUCAUGCAGGUUAUCAUUAACCCAAACUAUGAGGUUUCUGAAAGUGACUUCACCAACAACGCCAUGAAAUGUAAUUGUAAAUACGACGGGCACCGCAUCUGGAUGCACAACUGUCACAUAGGCGAUGCCUUCAGUGAAGAAGCCGAGAGGAAGUUUGAAAAGUAUCCAGGCCAGCUGAACAACCUGAUCCCCUAAUCAGAGCCCACGCGCACACACACACACUGCCCCCACCCCAGCACACCUCACCCUCCAGGUUUGAAGCAGGACUGGCCUCUCCCUGGCAAGGAGACACCGGCCCUCUCCUCAAACCGGCUCCCACAUGUCCUGCGGGAUCGCUCCCAACCCACCACCCCACCACCCCCCCAUCCCACCCCUGGCCUCUGGGAAAGAGCCUGGGUGUUCCCUGGAGGAGGCUGAUGUGGGGCUCGCCUCUCCGGGAUGCAGGAGACCCCUUCACACCCACACUGUGAACAGGAGAACGGUGCAAAUGGGUUGUGGCAGACCACGGGAGCACCAUACCGCAGCUCGACCAGGCCACCGCAGCUGGACCAGGUCACCGGACCUGGAUCGUGCUCCACAGCUGGACAGGAACAACAUUAUUCCAGAAUCACUGCCGCCCAGGAACACUGUAACUAGAGCAGGACCACAGCUGGACUGGGACACGCUAUUCCAAUGUUCUGGAUUGGCCUGGAACUGCACAGCUGGACCGAGCUCACUGACUGGCAUUGCUGGCCCACAACUCCACAGCUGGUGCAGAACAACACAUCUGUCUUAGGACGCCACAUCAGUCCCCAGUGGUGGGCAGAUGAGAAAACGAAGUUCUCUGGCUCCACACCUGGGACUCGCUCACUGACCUUGGUGCCCGGUGACUGACACAGCGUGACUCCCCCCCCAGUCCACGGUACAGAUUCCCCUCCCUCUCGGUGCUAACCCAGCUCCGUCCACUUUCCCUGCCCCGGGGUCGGUGGUUCCCCUGUGUUACACUUGCCCGCUUUACAGAGCCCAGCAGCUGUGUUGCAAUAUCCCAGUCAAUCUCGGGCAGACCCCUGGCGUGUCCCAUGUUACAGAGCCCAUGCUGCUGGGUGCAACCCUGCCGAGGGGCCAGUCAGACUGUUCCUGUGUAGGGGAGGGUGGGUGGGCAUCGCCUCACUCAGUUCUGUCCAGGUGGAUGCCGACGGAUUCCUGACUCCACCACCCCCCUGAAGCUGGAGCCCACCCAUGGGAGCCUCCUACCCACACACAUGGGAGCUCCCACCCCCAGCCCCGGUGACCUGCUCUACGGGUUCUAACGUUUACAGGGUAAUUUACAAACUGUACUUCCGCCAUACCUAGUCUGAGAACAAAUGUGUAUUUAAUUGUCCGAAUAAAAUGGUGGACUUUUUAACCCCCAUGUAGUCCGCACUUCAUGUACGCUCUGUCUCUGUGUCCAGUCCGUGUGUCUGGUACUUGUCUAUGUGUCUCAUCAGUGUUCCUGUAUCUGGUCUGUGUGUCCGGUCUGUGUGCAUGUGUCACGUCUGUAUCUACAUGUCCAGUCCAUGUCCGGUCUGUGUCCAACCGUGUCCCUGGUCCAUGUCGGUGUGUCCGGUCCAUGUCCCCAGUCCAUGUCAGUGUGUCCAGUCUGUGUCUCCAGAGAUUUGGAGAGUGUGGGGUCACUACUGAGAUAUGCAGCCCACGUCAGGCAGUUCCUCAGAACCGGCCCGCCCGGGGAGAGGAGGCAAUUCUUGGGGAAUGGCGUUCAUCUUCGUAACACCCCUCCCCGCCCACAUACCCUCUUCCUCCCUCCCUCCCUCUCCCUCCUCUCUGCCUGCCCUCAGAUCCUCCAUCCUUCUCUCCACCCACAGAUCUUCCUCCUCCUCCCUCCCAGAUCUCCUUCCAGCCCAGUCCCUCCAGCCUGACCCUCUUCCUCCCCCUCUCUGUGUCCUCCUCACCCCAAUUCAUCGCCUGCCCUGUCCCUCCCCAUGAGUCUCCCUGCCCGCACAGCACCUCACUGCGGGAGGCUGACUGCUGUGGGGGGAAGAGGCAAUUGGGAGAAGUGAGGGUGGACCAUUUGCUCUCUCACCCUGGGCUGCCCCUCGCCUUGACCCCGUCCACCCUCCCCGUGGCCCCUGUGUGGGUGGGACUGAUUCCCUUGGCCAGUGCCCAGCCUCAUGGAACAGAAUCACUGGCAUACAUAGUGAAAUUUGUUGUAUUACAACAGCAGUACGUU